AUCAUUCCUUCGACGUUCGAUCGUCGGCGAAGAACGACGAUACCGCGUAAAUAUUGUCUGACAGUAAUAAUAAUAUAUUUAUAAAUAGUUACGCGCCAAUAACGUAUUGUUAUCCCGUCACGGAUGUUUCUAUUGGGACCGACGAUGGUUUUUAACACCACAACUUAUAUACGUUCAUUAUAUAAAUACAAUAAAAUAUAAUAACUCACUGAGCUAUGAAAAAUCUUAUUUUCUUUCAAAGAAUCUUUUUUUGUUUCUCGACAGCGCUUGAUGCUUGCUUUUCGUAGCUGCUAAAUCCCAUCAUACGCGAUAUUAUUGAAUAGGCACAAGUGUUAAGACUGCGGCGCAACCGGCGGAAACGCGUGGUAUGUAAUAUGAUAAAUGGAGAACGGAUCUCAUUCUACUUUCAAACUAAACAUUAUCUCCCAAUCAAAAAAUCAAAACUGCCGAAGACCAUUGACUCUGUUUUCAUUUAUUACGGCUACGGCUAGAGAUGGUUCCCAAGUUACGGAAAAACGUCUAAAAGACGUUUCUAAAGUAUUAAAAGAUAGUUUGAUAAAAGGGACUACCUUGAAAUGCAAGGAAAAAAAUGUUGUCUAUCCCAUCAUUCACUUUACCGAGGAUCGAAAUUCGUUGAUGUCGGUGCUUCAAGAUCAGAACGAAGUAAAUGAGCAUUUCAAAUUACAUCAAGGUGUUUAUCGAGAAAUCAAAAGUAUCGAAUGUGGGGAUGGAAACGGACCAUUCGUAACGACUUCAACCAGCAUCUCUUACAUAGUAUCCGGAUUCAAACUUCUCGACACCAGUUUAGUAGAGGUAAUGAUUGAAUCUUGGAAGGACUGGACAGGUGCUAGGCAUAUAUAUCUCCACAUUCCGUACGACCUAGGUCUCCAGAGGAUCUCGCUUUUGAAAAAGGUGGCUCCGAGUUCUUUGAACUCAUUUACAUAUGUAGUACUCGCUGAGUGUUUGAAUGUUAACACAGAAGAAAAAAAAAUGUUACUGUUGGAUUUUGUUCAAAGGAUGAGAAUAGAAAAAUUUCUAUCUGGUUACCUAUCUGUUUAUGAGCUUCGUAAUACUUAAUUAACGCCAAUAUUAUAUAAUAUUACAGCAAAAGUAUACAAAACACUUAAAUGAAACUCGCAUGACGUAUAACUUAUUAGUAUUAAUUA